GGGCGGGAGUACCAGAAUAGGUCGGCGUGUGUCCCCGGGAUGCUCGCGGCUUACCUCUGCCCAGACUGGGGUGGCUCUCGGCGCAAUCUGUCAAGCUGUUGGACCUGCCGUCCCCGCUCUGACCAUUUGCUGAGAAAAGUGGAUCUGGCAGAUGUUCUCAAAGCCCCGGAGCCAGGGCGGAGCGGGGCGGCGGCUCCCACGAUCCCAAGGCCGCGCACCUGCCUCCUCCCUCUCCGCCGCCGCCACCUGAGGGAUCGGGAACAAAGGUGCUUUGUACAGGCCGCAACCACCUCAUUACUUCGUCUUCGGGACUGGGGCUGCUUGGGCCCCCAGCCCAGAACGAAGGUGUGGGGCGGCAAAGGACAAACGCCAAUCCCAAAAUCUGCAAAGAAAACGGGGCAGUGUAUGAAGGUGGUUGGACAGGGUUCACGGAUCCUCGUUCACGCCUCACUUUCCCCUAUCUGGGCAAAGGUUAUGUGUCCUUAUGUAAAAUCUUCCAAACUUCUAAUAAGGCAAUCUACCCUGCACUAAAGCAGACACGAAAGCACGACCUCCCUAUAAAUACUGCGGAUGGAAUACGCCCUUCCUUGCAGUGCUGUGCAGCCUCAGCGGAAGCUUAGGCGAACCCAGCGCGCACUGCGGCGCACAGAGGGUUAACUAGAGUUGGCGCUGGGUGGAGAGAAGGAGACGCGCUCCCAUUGGCGGAAAGUUAUCCAGGGGCGGGUCUGUGAAUCUGCGCACCCCACCCCCCUUUCCACAACCCCCCACUUCACUUUGUACCUUUCUCGCCUCGACUGUGAGGCAGGCCGGGACCUGCCGGGCCAGACCAGACCGGACCUCGGGGGCGAUGCGGCUGCUGCCCCUGCUGCGGACUGUCCUCUGGGCCACGUUCCUCGGCUCCCCUCUGCGCGGGGGCUCCAGCCUUCGCCACGUCGUCUACUGGAACUCCAGUAACCCCAGGCUGCUUCGAGGAGACACCGUGGUGGAGCUGGGCCUCAACGAUUACCUAGACAUUGUCUGCCCCCACUACGAAGGCCCAGGACCCCCUGAGGGCCCUGAGACAUUUGCUUUAUACAUGGUGGACAGGCCAGGCUAUGAGGCCUGCCAGGCAGAGGGGCCCCGGGCCUACAAGCGCUGGGUAUGCUCCCUGCCCUUCGGCCACGUCCAAUUCUCAGAGAAGAUUCAACGCUUCACACCCUUCUCCCUGGGCUUUGAGUUCUUGCCUGGAGAGACUUACUACUACAUCUCGGUGCCCACUCCAGAGAGUUCUGGCCAGUGCUUGAGGCUCCAGGUGUCUGUCUGCUGCAAGGAGAGGAAGUCUGAGUCAGCCCAUCCUGUUGGGAGCCCUGGAGAGAGCGGCACAUCAGGGUGGCAAGGUGGGGACACUCCCAGCCCCCUUUGUCUCUUGCUAUUGCUGCUGCUCCUGAUUCUUCGUCUGCUUCGAAUUCUGUGAGCCAAGCAGAACUUCCCUCUCACCCCAAAGAGCCAGAGCCCUCCCAGGACCCCCUGGAGGAGGAGAGAUCCCUGCCGCCUGCACUGGGGGUACCAAUCCACACCAACAAGACGGAGCAUUGAUGGGGGAGAUCAGAGGGUCUGAGGUGACCGUUGCAGGUGCCUGUCCCCUCAUCAUAGACUAAAGAAGAACUGCAGGCAGCCCUGGACACCCUGAAGCACAAGAAAGACAAACAGAGGUGUUUUGCAGGCUGUUCUGAGGGACUCAACCUAUCCCCCAGGAGGACUGGGAUUUGGUACGAUCAGAUCAAGCCAGCUGAGGGCCAAGGCUGAAGACCUGGGGACAGGUGGAUUGCUGGACCAGGGCAAAGAAGCAGCCCUGCUGUCUGUGCUCUGUGGACCUCUUCCCUGGGGCAGCACCUUGCUCCCCCCAGGGGGUCACUUCUUGUCUUCUAUGAAGACGGACUCUUCAUGAGGUUGAAUUUCAUGCCAGUUUGUAUUUUUAUAAGUAUCCAGACCAAACCUUCAAUAAACCACCCAUCUUUCUGUUGCCCUCCUCAA